UGGUUGCUGACCUUGUGGAGUCCUACGAGAGGAAUACUAAAAGACCUGCUCGACACUGCCAGCGGAAGAAUCGGCCGGAGAGAUCUUUUGGACCUCCCUGGACUACAGCUCGCCGGGUCGGGUGCUGUAAAUGCUGCCUAGCGGGCGAAACUGAGGGCAACCCGCGAUGUAAUGCGCAUGAUGAUGACGCGUGCUACAUGCGACGAAAGCCGUUUUUCUCCACGCUGUUUAGCAGAGCUUACAGACUGUGGAUUGUUACGUCUUUUCUUGCUCGGAGUAUCCUAAAACAUGGAGAAGAAAGGCGGAACGAAACCUAAAACCGGUAAAAAGAUGAUUGACGGCACUGACCCCGUCCGAAACUUCGAGAAAUGGAAGAAAAAAUACAACAAGACGAGAAUGGAUGUGAAGCGAGACCGAUCGGCGCGGAAGAAGCCCCAGUGGCAGGUCGAACGGGAGUACAUCGACAAGCUCGUCAGCAGGUACGGCGAGAUAAACGCCAAGGAGGUGGUGAGGUUCUCCGACUUCCCCAUCUCAAAGAAGACCUUGCAAGGUUUGCAGGGGGUUCAGUGUCGACAGCCCACGGAGAUCCAGAGGCAGACUAUCGGCUCCGCUUUGCAGGGUAAAGAUGUCCUCGGCGCGGCCAAGACCGGCUCCGGGAAGACUCUGGCCUUCCUCAUACCGGUGCUGGAGUGUCUUUACCGACAUCAGUGGACUUCCAUGGACGGCCUCGGUGCUCUCAUCAUAUCUCCCACCAGAGAGCUUGCCUAUCAGACCUUCGAAGUGCUCCGCAAGGUGGGAAAGAACCACGAGUUCUCUGCGGGGCUCAUCAUCGGCGGCAAGGACCUCAAGAGCGAGUCGGAGCAGAUCCACCGCACCAACAUCGUCAUCUGCACCCCAGGGCGGCUGCUCCAGCACAUGGACCAGACGGCCACCUUCCACGCGUCCGACCUGCACAUGCUAGUCUUGGACGAGGCGGACCGCAUCCUAGACAUGGGCUUCAUGGACACAGUCAACGCCAUCGUGGAGAACCUCCCCGCGUCCCGACAGACGCUCCUGUUCUCCGCCACGCAGACCAAGUCGGUCAAAGACUUGGCUCGGCUGAGCCUCAAGGACCCGGAGUACGUGUGGGUCCACGAGAAGGCAAAGUUCAGCACGCCGGCUACCCUGGAGCAGAGCUACGUGGUGUGCCAACUCCACCAGAAGGUCAACAUGCUCUACUCCUUCAUCAAGAGCCACCCCAAGAAGAAGAUCAUAGUCUUCUUUGCCUGCUGCAAAGAGGUGCAGUACCUGUUCCGGGUCUUCUGCCGCCUCAGGCCCGGUGUUUCCAUCCUGGCGUUGCACGGCAAGCAGCAGCAGACUAAGAGAGUGGAGGUCUACAAGGACUUCCUGCGGAAGCAUAACGCCGUGCUCCUCGCCACCGACAUCGCCGCCAGGGGCCUGGAUUUCCCCGCCGUCAACUGGGUGCUGCAGUUCGACUGUCCGGAGGAUGCGGACACCUACAUCCACCGGGUGGGCCGCACCGCCCGGUACAAGGAGGGCGGGGAGGCGCUGCUGCUGCUGCUUCCGUCGGAGGAGGAGGGCAUGGUCAGCCAGCUGCAAGAGAAGAAGGUCCCCAUCAAUAAGAUUCAGGUGAACCCAGACAAGCUGCAGAAUGUCCAGCUGAAGCUGGAGGCCUUCCUGGCUCAAGAGAAAGAGCAGAAGGAGAGGGCUCAGAGGUGCUUCGUCUCCUACCUCCGCUCAGUCUACCUGAUGAAGAACAAGGAGGUGUUUGAUGUCUUCAAGCUCCAGAUUCAAGAGUAUGCCAAUUCUCUGGGCCUCGCCGUAGCUCCGAGGGUGCGGUUCUUGAUCAAGGCUCAGGCACAGAGAGACGAGAAAGAAGAUCGUAAGGAGGUGAAGGAGCUAUCUGACGGAGAGGAGGAGCUGAGGAGUUUCAAGGCCCAGCUGAGAGGAGGCGUUCCUCAAGAGGAACGCCAGAGCUCGGAGUCUCAAGAUUCAGGCGAAAAUGAGGAAAGUGUUAAAGGAGAGGUACUGCAUCUCGGCUCAGACGACGAAAGUGAAGAUGACCUGAAGGACUUGGACCUGCUGACCGUCAAAAGAAAGGAUGUCUUCAACCCAGAGGGGGAUGCGGAGAUUCCGGCAGACCUUGAGACUGUUUCUCUAAAGAAAACUAUGAAAAAUACAAAGUUCACAGAAGCCAAAAAGGCCCUCAAGAGAAAGUUCCAAGUCAACACCAAAGUGGCGUUCAGCGAGGAGGGUCAGGCCGUGCAGAUGUGGCCUCCAGUCCAACGGGCAACCACCCAAGAAGGAGAGGAGGAGGAGGAGGAGGAGGGCGUUUCUGGUAUCAACAUGGAGAAGGCCAGGGAGAGGCUAAAACUUGAGGACCAGCAGUUUGACAAACAGGAGUACAGACGCAAGGUGAAAGCAAAACACACGGAGCAGAGGCUGAAGGCCAAGGCGGCCCGGAGGGACGCCAACAAGCAGCACGGACGCAACUCUGAGGAGGAAGAGGACGAGAUUGUGGCGUAUCUCGCACACCACAGCGAAGACGAGUUUGACCCCAGCACCCUGCCAGACCCAGACAAGAUGUACUCUGACGAGGAGGAGGAGAUGGUGACAGCCAAGCAGCACAGCAGCGAGGAGGAAGAGGAGGAGCUAAAAGUGGGGAAAGGGAAGAAAGCAAAGAAAGCUAAACGGCAGACGGUGGAGCAUGAAGUGUUGGACACUGGCCUUUCUCUGGCUGAGGACGAGCAGUUGGUCCUGCAUCUGCUGGGAGGACACAGGUAGAGGAGACAGAAUUUCAAAACACUAUGAAAGUUGUAACAACGUGAAAGUCUUUGAAUCUGAAUUUAGUGUUGGAGGGCUCCCACAAUGCAACCUGUACCAUCUUUCAUUAAAGCCCCUUGGAAAUCUGUGUUCAAAUCAUUCUGGUCUAUGAAAUAAAUAAAGAGUUUUUAAUUGUUGCUUA